AUGCCUCUCGAUAUCCAGGACGACGCCAUUGCCGGCCACGCAGAGGCUCAGCGCGACCUCUACCUCGCCGACGUCAAAGCUCACGGUGGCAAGGACGAGGUGCACCCCGUCGCUCACCUCGAAGCCGGUGUUCGCGUCAAGCCCGACAUCUCGGACGAUGACUUUGUCACCCCCACUGACGAGGAUCUCGCCACUCUCCGACGUGUUCCCGAGAAGCUUCCUUGGACCACCUACGCCAUCGCCUUCUGCGAGCUUGCCGAGCGAUUCUCGUACUACGGCUGUGUCCAGGUGUUCCAGAACUACAUCCAGCAGCCCCGCCCUGCCAACAACCGUGCAGGUGCUGGUGGCGCCCACAACCAGUCCGGUGCCCUCGGCCAGGGUCAGCGGGCAGCCACUGGCCUCACCACCUUCAACACCUUCUGGGUCUACUUGAUGCCCAUCCUCGGUGCCUACCUCGCCGAUACGCGCUGGGGUCGUUUCAAGACCAUCUGCAUCGCCGUCUUCGUCGCCAUGGUCGGACACAUCCUCCUCAUUGUCUCUUCGAUUCCCACCGUCCUCGACAACUCCAACGGCGCCAUGGCAUGCUUCGUCAUCGCUCUCAUCGUGAUGGGCGUGGGUACCGGCUGGUUCAAGUCGACCAUAUCGCCCUUGAUCGCUGAGCAGGUUAAUGGUUCGAAGCAGUCGGUCCAGACGCUCAAGACCGGCGAGCGUGUCAUUGUCGACCCUGUCUUGACCAUCAGCCGUAUCUUUAUGUACUUCUACCUGUUCAUCAACAUUGGUGCGCUUGGUGGUCAGCUUGGCAUGUCCUUCUCGGAGAAGUACGUUGGCUUCUGGCUCGCCUACACUCUGCCCACCAUCGUCUUUGCCCUCUGCAUUCCCGUCCUGGUGUUCGGCAACAAGUACUACGUCAAGACGCCUCCCUCUGGAUCGGUGCUUGCCGAGUGCGUGCGCCUCUGGAGGUUCGCCGCUAAGGGUCGCUGGUCGCUCAACCCCAUCGCCCUGGUCAAGAACAUGCGCGCUGAUGACUUCUGGGAGAACGCCAAGCCCUCGAAGCAGUCGCCCGAGUCCAAGCCCCGCUGGAUGACGUUCGACGAUGCCUGGGUCGACGAGGUGCGACGUGGUUUCAAGGCCUGCACUGUCUUCCUGUGGUUCCCGCUGUACUGGCUCACCUACAACCAGAUCACCAACAACCUCGUUUCGCAGGCUGCCACCAUGCAGGUGCACGGUCUGCCCAACGAGGUCGUCUCCAACCUGGACCCCUUCGUGCUCAUCAUCCUCAUCCCCAUUUUCGAUCUGUUCCUCUACCCUGCGCUGCGCAAGGCCGGUAUCAACUUUACCCCGCUCAAGAAGAUUGCGCUCGGUUUCCUUACCGGUGCGCUCGCCAUGGUGUGGGCUGCUGUGGUGCAGCACUACAUCUACAAGACGUCGCAGUGCGGCAAGAACGCGUCGAGCUGCUACGACACUAACGGCGACGGAUUCGCCGACCCGGGUGCUGAUGGCUCGGAGGACACUGCAGUCUACGUGCCUGCUCCUCUCAACGUGUGGAUCCAGUCGGGUUCGUACGUGCUCAUCGCCAUCUCGGAGAUUCUGGCGUCCAUCACGGGUCUCGAGUACGCUUUCUCCAAGGCUCCCAAGUCGAUGCGAUCGCUCGUCAUGUCGAUGUUCCUGUUCACCUCGGCCAUCGCUGCUGCUCUGCAGCAGGCGUUCAUCUCGCUCUCGGAGGACCCCAACCUGGUGUGGAGCUACACCGUCUUUGGCUGUAUCGCGUUUGCUGGCUUCAUUGGCUUCUCGAUCUCGUUCAGGAAGCUCGAUGCCCAGGAAGAUGCGCUCAACCAGCUCGACGCCGGCAAGGUCAACGCUGCCGAAGAGGCCGAGGCUUCGGAGCCUGGUCACUCGGAGAAGGCUCUUGCCCCUUGA